AUUCUUCUUUUGUGAGAGAGUGAAAACGAACACUGGGCUCCUUUUGUCAUCUCCCAUUCUCCCUGUCCCACUCUACCCCAUUGACUGAUGUUCUAUUCUUAUUCAAUUCUCUAAUAAAUCGCAGUGUUGAUGCCUCAGCACGGAUAAGGCCGAGUAUAUGCAUUAUCUUGCCAUUGUUGCGCGAACAAGGCCCCGCGGCUGCUUCCUUUCAAGUCGCUCCAUUAUGACAAGUCUUGCAGGUACAUCGUGUUGGUCACGCACGCCUCUGGUCGCGCUGAUUUUGUUUGUGAUACUCUGAUAGUCAGGUUAUCAUAUUAUAUUGCAAUUUCGUGUCUGUUGACGUUUUCAGAUGCCAUCUAUAAUUUAUUGACCAAUGUGCUUCGGCCAUCUGAUUUGAAUGAAACCGACAAGCCCAUCGUUGUCGCUGUUCGUUUCUUGGAUAUUGGUUGUCGUUGCUCUGGUGAUCGAGUACGUCAGACCGUGCUCCGAUGGCGAGGUCCAGCUCGGUAACGAGGGUCAACUCUAUGUGAUUUCAUCUCCCUACUUUCCUGAUGUUUAUCCCACAAACCUCGACUGCGUCUACCACAUGGUCGCUCCAACGGACCGGCGAGUCAGGAUUUUCUUUACCUCCUUCACCCUCGAGAACGCGAACGACCUCGACAUAUGCAAUUUUGACUACUUGGCCAUCUACGACGGCAGGUCCGACACCGACUCGAGCUUGGGGCGAUUCUGCGGGCCGCAGAACCCACCAGCCACCAUCACCACCGGCAACGAGCUCUAUGUCGUGUUUCACACCGAUUCGUCGAUUCAGAAGACCGGAUUUCGAGCCGAGAUAACCGACGUCCCUCUAGAUUAUGCCGAACCUGUACCGACUCCUGCGCUCGGGUCCUGUCUGUACACCUACACCGAGGAACAUGGCGUCUUCUACUCUCCUAAUUUUCCUGAUUACUACGGCAAUAGUUUACGGUGUACGUACAUCGUGACCAGCAGAAAGGCAGAUAAUACCAUACUGCUCCGAUUUCCAUCAUUUGACGUGGAGGAGUCCAUCAAUUGUGUUUAUGAUUAUGUGGAGGUUCGAGAUGGCGACACAGAAACCAGUGAAUUACUAGACCGUUACUGCGGGUCUUCAUUGCCAGAUAAUAUGAUAUCGUCGACUGGUCCUGCGAUGUUCGUGCGAUUCCGCUCUGAUUCGUCGAAUGUCUUCAAGGGAUUCUACGCUGAGUACGCAGAUUCAGACACUGGAUUUCAAGACGAUGGUGGCAAUUCAAACUCCAAUCAAUUCUCUGUUUGCGACCUGUCUCAUGAGGCACUGACAGAGAAAGGUGGGACCAUCGUGUCCCACGAGUCCUACCCACAGGGAAGCUAUGAUAAUUCACAAUACUGCACCAUCACCAUCAUCGCAUCAAGGGCGCAUGAAAGAAUAUUCUUUGAUCUCAUAGAGAAUGACCUCCCGCCAUCAAAUGACUGCGGAGCGAGCGGGGACUAUCUUCAACUCCUUGACGGUGACGCCAGCGCUCAAAACUCGGAAAUACUCGGCUUCUUCUGCGGACAAGACGUGGGACGAUAUACAACCGAGAACUCCUUCGCCGUCGUUCGGUUCAUCUCCGACAGUGUGCCGAACGCCGAACUUGAGGGGUUUAAACUUGUUUAUUCCAUCUUCUAUACAGAUGAAUACGGAUGUGAAAAUGGUGACUGGCAUUGUGAUAACGACCGAUGCAUUGCAAAGAAUCUGAUCUGUGAUGGCUAUGAUCACUGUAGAGAUAACUCGGACGAAGAGAAGGGAUGCAGGCAAAUUUCGACGAGGGUCUGGAUGAUCGCUGUGGGUGUGAGUGCUGCCAUCAUCAUCGUGGUCAUCUUCGUUGGGUGUCUCUUUUAUAAAUGGUCACAUCGGAAAUCGGCUUUGAGCCCCACCUACGAAGCUUCGAACCCUACCUCGACUUCAUUGCAAAUGAAUAGCGCUGAUUCAGAAAGUCCAAGAAGCAAAACGAUGACCGCAUUUACCAUCUCCAGGAAUGACGAAAUAACCACUGAUCAUUCUCCUCGUCGAUCAGGAAAUCGUCGCAGCAACGCUGUCGAACCGCUGGAAACUGCACCGAUCACACCCCCUCCAUCGUACGGAGAUAUUCCCGAGAUCCAGGAGCCGACAUCGUACCUCGAAUUCGGACGACGUAAAAAUAAAACCGACCACCUAGGUCGAGAGGCGAAAUUAAAACCGUUGUCGAUGUUACCGUCGUCCGAACCGACGUCGGAGUCCUUGCCAACAGGAAGAAGAAACGUCUUGCCGCCGAUCAAAAAUGACGUUAGGUGAUCCACGGGAAUGAAAAGACGAGAGAAGUUAUAGCUCAGUUCCUCGGCGUUAUUUAUGCCCUGUUCACAUUUUGUGUACGGUCAUCGUAAAAUACCCGUGGGGUGGUCGUAAUAUGAUAAUCGUACAAUAUAUUUAAGGUGGCAUACGACGAUCGUACGAUUUUCGUACGGAUUCGCCAUAAUCGUAGGUUCUACGAUUUGUUAAGCGCGGAGUAAAUUCAAAUAGCGAAUGGGCGUCGUACGAUCGCCUUUUCAAAAAUCGCUAGAUGGCCUCACGAUCAUCAUACGAUAUAAUAUUACGGUAUCCUUACGGCCUCAGUAUAUACGGCCUUCUGCGAUGCCAACCACAUGAAAUCGUAAGAUGACUGUAGUAUACAUAUAAAAAUAGCAACCAAGUGCAAUUGCAAUUUCAGUAAAAUGGCGAACGAGGAUCAUAUUCUUAGAAUUUUUUUUUUAAAGUUUCAACUGACUUCAUUGCAUUCACUUUACUGAAACCCGCCGAAUAGGGUUGUUUUCAAAGGGCUCUGCCCGCCGAACCUGUCGUACAUUAACACGUAUUCCAAAUGCCCUUUAUACCUGAUUUACCUUUCAAACAUUAUCUAAAUAUGUAUUUUCUAUUGGUGGCCCCCAAAAAGAAAAAAAAAUCUUCCAAUAAUGCUUUUAUUUAUCAACAUUUUCGUAAUUUGUUUAUAAAGAACAAGGGCGUAAUAAAGUGUUCGAUUAAAAAGGUAUAAAUCGUGUAUUCAAACAGAGUUUAAGAUAAAGCCAUGAUCAGAGAGUAUGUUCCUCUAUUUUUCAUUUAUUCAAAUCAGAAAUAUAUAUUCGAUAUCCAUGUUACGAAGGGAAAAUGUAAUUUUCAAAGUUCAUAUUAUGUAUGCAGAUUGUAAUUUUAUUCGCCAUAAACAUGCCAAAUGUACAGAUUGUUACCAUAAUUGAAUUAUUGUAAAUAUUGAAAUUAUUGUACAUAUCACUGACGAUUUGACUCCGGUCUUUGACUAGUUUUUAUUGAAGUUAGCUGAAAGCUGAAUUUAUAAAAGGGUCAGAAGGACCGUUUAAUUUAUGAGUUAGAUAACUGAUGCAAUAGUAUUGUUUGGCAUACUAGAUAAAUGUCUCUGUCCGAUUCGAUAUCACUCUUAAAAAAGAUCGAUCAAAUUACAAUUGCGUUGGUUAAUAUUUUGUCCGACCGACAAAAAUUGUCAAAAUGAACCCUUAUUGUUUGAAUCUACCAGAAAUUUGGUUGACACAUAUUCACCAAGGCAAUUUUUACCAUUUUUUUAAAGUAAACUUUUAUUUAGGAAAUAUUCCAGUUCUGAAAUUAGUUUUACUAGUGCAUUUUACACACACUGUUUAUGCACAAAGUGUAAGUAUGGAAAUGCAUAAUAUCACACAUCACCGGACAAAGCUGUUUCCUAUUUUUUUUAAUUGUCAAUAAGAGUUUGAUAUAAUCACAAUAAAUUUGAUAAAGCUGCAUGUGUGGUGCUUUACGAUUUUAAUAAAUUAUUCUCAAAGUGGUAUAUCAUACUUUGGAUUGGAUAACACUUUUAUUUUCGGUGUCAACGUGAAUACACGGCAUAAUCAUUUUCGUCAUUUUCACUUCAUUGAGGUACUUAGAUAGAGAGAAAUAGAUACAGAAGAGAGAUAGAGAGAGAGAAGGGGGGGGGGUCAAGUUCGUACAAUUACAACAACAAGAACUGAGAUUCUUUAAUGAUUACGAAAGCGUUAGAGUGUUGCAAUAAUAACACAACUUCCUUUUCUUUUUGGAACAGUGUUCAACUUUAUUUUUCAAAAUUACAUAUUGUACAUAUAUUUAUAGGCCAGUGUGAACUAUACGCAAGACUUUGGACAUAUACAAAAAUACACUCAAUAUACAUACAUUUCUUCAUAUAAAAUAGUAUUCACAGUGGCAAAUGAAUUUGUUGACAAAAAUAAUAUGCGUAUAUUUAUGGGUCAAUCAUGCAGCAAUUUUUGUAACAAAUUGUAAAUAUUUCUUAAAAAAAAAACACCUAAGCUCACUGCACAAAAACUGUCGGCAUUGCAAAAUUCAAAUUGUAUUUUUUUAAUACCAAAUUAACUGUAAUUUCUUGGCUUAUUGUUACAAAACAAAAGCAUUUAUAAUUCAGCAAAACUUGAAGGAAGGGCGACAGAUUUCUCGGGAUCACAUAGGGCUAUCUGACUAAAGCUGACAAAAAGCAGUCGAAACGAUCUUUUUUUUUCUUUCUAAAGAUUGACAGAUAUUAGCUGAUAGUUGGGAAACAUUCUGGUGGAAAUCUGUGCUAUCCUUGACUUUCCCGAGAUAAAGAAAAAAAAUUGACCACAGAAUCCUAAAGCAUUCAGAUCAUCUGAGAACCAAACAUGUUGUUCUGUGACAUGCAUGAGUCGACUUGAAUUUCAAAGAUUAUAGGCCUACUGUAUGACAUGGUAUACCAGAUUAUAAAAUGGGGACAUUUCGGGGUUUCCCAAUGUGACAUCACGAAAAGAAAACACGAGAGGCAACAUGAGUGAUCAGGAUUUGGUCUCAAAAUAAUUUGCAUAAUUGCUCUGCAAUUAAAAAAAUUGUUGCAAUACAUAUCAUCUGUAUUUUGUAAGGGUUAUAUACUUGCGCCAUAACGGCUAAAACAAACCAAUGGCUAUUGGUCAACUUCAACAAAAA